AGGUAUCCUGCUAACUGAUAUAAGAUAUAGUGAUGUGUAAGAAGUAUUGGCCUUAUUCGAGAGCAUCAAAACUGUAAUGUAUCAUGGGUAAAUUGUGAUUGACUGAUUGAUCUACAACUAAUAAUGAGUAGUUAUUUAUGAUGCAAGGUUCUUUGUAGAUAAGUCACCAAUGUUUCGGAGGAAACACCGUGCACUUGGCGACCUUAGUUAGCGUGCACUGCGUUUCGGACACAGGAGUCGCUGGUGCGCGAUGAGACAAGGGUAUCAUUACCGUGCCCUAGACCACUGCGCCAAUAUUUACAUUUUUUAACAUGAUAAUUAGGUCCUACAUGUAUGAAUUGACAGCAAAUAUUGUCAGUCACAACCCUGUAGCGGUUGCACUGUAAUUAUAGAAGUAGGCCUACGACAUAUAGAAAGUCGAUUAUAUAGUUACCAUUUAGUAGAUGUUAUACUUUACCUACAGGGUUUACGGUGUUUAACUACAAUUAAGUCGGAUAUUAGUAAUCCACACUGCAUUAUCUUAAUUAUUUCAGUAAUCCAUAUUACGUAGGCUAAAAAACAACCUCUGCUUGAUUGAAGUUGCGCUGUAGCAGUUCUAUUAUUCUAUUUCUAUCUGGGAGUCGCGUCUUGAUGACGUAGGCGUAACAUGUGUGAGUUGUGAGUAAGUACAUUGAACGAUGGCUGGCCACAUAUCACAACAGCUGGAAGAUUUAUUAAAUCCUUUGCCCAAGUUCACAGAUCCAGAGGACGAUCAUGAUGAAGAGACGAAAGCCAAGGUGGUGGAGGCGUUUGAUGAGGGUGACGAUGAGGAUGAAGCUGUGGUUACCUUGAGUGGGCUCCGGAAGAAAGCUAUCACUCUGCUGGAAGAGACUGACAAACGGUACCUGGGCAAGGCAACAUCUCGUAAAAACCUGCUGAAGGAGAUCGAAGGGUCUGGAGAGGAUGAUGAUGAUGAUGAAGAGGAGGAAGAUGAUGACGAUGCUGAUCUGGAGGAUGGAGAGGCUGAAGCUGGAGAUGAUGAUGAUGAGGAUGAUGAUGAAGAGAUUGAGAGUGACAUCGCUCAAAUGAAAAGCUUGGUGUCUAGGCUGAAGGAGACUGACAUCACACUUUCCUCAGUGACAGACUUCCAUAAGCUAACAGAGGGAAUGGAUGAUCUUGGAGCGAGCGAAGAUGAUGAUGAUGAUGAAGAAAGUGAUGAUGAGGAUGGAGAGAGUGAAGAGAAGGAGAUUGAGAAUGAAGCUGACGAUGUGGAAGCUGUGAUGACAUUCUCUAAAGAGAAAGUGGAUGAAGAGGUGGAGAAAGGGAAAGCUGUGAAAGAUCAACUUGCUCUUUGGGACCAGCUACUUGAGGGGCGAAUUAAAAUGCAGAAAGUUCUUCUGACAGCCAAUAAGCUGCCACAACCACAUACCUUCCCAGAGUUCAAGAAGAGGGGCGGAGCAGAGUUUGCUGGAGCGUUGAAGAAUAGUCACAAAGCCCUGAAGGCUCUCCAGAGGUCUCUACUGGAGCUACAGGACCAGCUGCUCCAUCAGAACCCAGACACCAGGCCCAUCUCCCUGGGCAACACCUGGGGAGCACACAGUGAGGAGGAGAUUCACAGUGAUGAGGAGGAGAUUCACAGUGAUGAUGAAGAGGAAAGGAAGGAAGCAGUGGAACCGACAGGUCCUCCCAAACGGAAGCUGGAGAUGGCAGAGUACCCAGACUUCAUGGCCAAGCGCUUCGCUGACUUCCAGCCAUACCGCGAUGCCACGCUGCAAAAAUGGCACGACAAGACCCAGCUGACCAUGGGAAAGAGCAGCAAGGGUUUUGGGGCAUUUGACAGAAACAUCCUGAUCCAGGUGGAACAGGUGCUAAUGGACAAGGACAGGCUGUUGAGACGCACCCAGACCAGACGCUCCGAGUACAGAGUCCUGGGCAAGCUAGAGGCCACUGCCCCUGUAACCGAGACCACCACUGCAGGGGGAGAGGGGACAGAGCAGGUGCUGAAAGCCAAUACGCAUCUGAAAGACCUGGACGAGGAGAUCUUUGAUGAUGAUGAUUUCUAUCACCAGCUUCUGCGAGAGCUUAUUGAACGUAAAACGAGUGCUGCAGACCCCAACGACCAGGUGGCUAUGGGCAGACAAUGGCUGGCCAUUCAGAAGCUCCGCAGUAAGAUCAAGAAGAAAGUGGACACCAAGGCCAGCAAGGGACGCAAAGUCAGGUUCCACGUCCACAGUAAGCUGGUGAACUUCAUGGCCCCCAUUGACCACCUCUCCAUGAAUGAUGGCGCACGGACUGAGUUGUAUCGCUCACUGUUCGGGAAGAACUCGUUUGCUGAAAGUGCGGUGCGGGAGUGACAUGCUCUGAGCGAGCAGGAGAGGUGGACAGCACAGAAGACAGAAAGCACCCAGGAGAUAAACACAAUACACUUCUUCUGGUCCAGUCCUGCUCCUCUAAAAGCUUAUGGACAGUCUCAAGGUUAGUUCAGACUGGAACCAGCCAGUCUGACUGGUUUGGACUCUGCUUCAAAGGCUUGAAGAGACUGCUUUCUCUACACAUUUUGAUACUGUCAGGAAAAACUACAUUUUUCUAUUGUCCCUUUUUAAAUGUCUCUUUUUGUGAAUAAAUACCAAUGUGAUUUCU